UGGAUACUGCAAGUGGUGACAUAAGGGAUCCAAAAUGUGUGAAAAGAAAAGGUGCCCCAAAGAAACUUCGGAAGAAGAGCCCAUUAGAAACCAUGUCGAGAAAAUUCAAGGCAAGUACGGGUUCUAGUAAAGGGAAGAAAAAAAAGGUUUCUAGCAGUGAUAUGGGAAUGGUUGUAGCGCCCAUCCUCCAGUCACCUCAUCAACAACACAUGCCGCUACCCUUCUCCUAUACAAACCUUCUUUUGGGUGGGAACCAAAAUCUUCAAUUCACGCAACACUUGCAAUCGACGUGUCUAAACCCUCCAUCGGCAACUACUCUUACAAUAAACAUGCAAGGUUUGGGAAUGCAUUUUGAUGGAGGAAACACGGAUUCUCCUACGGAAAUUGGACCAUCUAUCACAUUAUCAAACCCAAAAGAUGCACCCGGUGGUCAUUUUGUGUAGUUUAUUGGUUGCUUUCCAAUAGUUUGU